AUGGGAUCGCAGCCAGUCUGGACUGGAAGGAAUCCGGCUACGGUCGGCAUACCCGAUGGAUUCGACCUGGACGUGAAUACGCUUCUCGGCUCGUGUUGUCUUGAAAAGACAAUCCAUGGGCUUAUUGAGAUUUGGGCAGACACUGAGAUAUUCCGGAUGAAAUGGGCGAGAUGGGUUCUAGAGGACCUCGACACAUUUGAGCGGCGUCGGGACGUGGCCAGCGAUAUUGUCGCAGGUAUCAAGCGACAAGGCCUGUUCGAACUGCUUAAGCAUGGGAACCCAUCCCUCACGAGCCUUCGCAAUGCCGGCAAAAGCACUGCCGGACGCAUCGGGUGCGUUUAUCUCGUUUUCUACGACUUCCACGACCCGGACGGCAUCCACACCUGGCGCAAGGUUUAUGCUGGGACCAGCACCGCCUUUCGUGACCGUCGCAAGGCUCAUCGUUGGAUUCGCAAGAUGACCGGACGCAACAAGAAUACUCAGCGUGUCUCUGCUCUCAAGAUGUUCCCACUCUGCCGGCUCGAGGGUAACGACACAUAUAACUUUCGGUUGCGUCUCCUGAUGGAGCAAUGCGCUGUCGCCAUGUGGAACUUGCAAGUUGGCUCCAAGACUGCAUCCUUCCCGGUUUAA